GUCAACUUGAACAGAAUGUUUGCAAUAGCACUGUUUCUCAUCGCCGCGUGUGUCUGCUAUUACUACACCUGUGUCGUGCGCGCUCGGUUUGCACAGGACGUGCCCUGUGCUCAGCCUUGCUAUCCACUAAUAGGGAACGGCCUAUCGUUCCUGGAAAAGUCACCGGUCAAACUGUUCCAGAAUGUGGUGCAACCGUUCAAUCAGUUCGAUCGGUGGUUCAAAGUUUGGCUCGGACCUCAGCUGAUGCUGUGCACCUCGCAUCCAGUGCUGGCCGAGUCGGUGUUGAGCCAUCCAAAGUGCUUGGAUAAGCCAUUUUUCUACAGCUUUGUGCAGCUUGAGCAGGGAAUUUUGACUCGCAAAUAUCAAAACUGGAAGCGGUACCGAAAAGUGAUGAGCCCUGCCUUCAGCACGAGCAAGGUGGCCAAUGCGCUACCGUUGUUCGUAAUGUGUGCGGAAAAUUUGAUGUCCAAGCUAGAGGCAAUGGUGGCGAAUGAUUCAACAGUUUCGUUGGCUCCGGUUUUGAGCGAGUGUUUGCUUAAUGUGAUAUUUUCCACUACCCUGGGAGCAAAUGUAGUAGAAGAGCGGGAGGCGAAGCAUAUUUUAAACAAUCUAGACAUAUUAUUUCAGAUGAUAUCUGCUCGAGCGAUAAAUGCACUGCACCACAUCGACUGGGUCUACAAGCAUACAAACAAUUGCAAAAUAGAAUCCGCUUCCAGGGCGGCGUGUUAUAGCGUAGUAGAUAAGGUUGUUGCGUCCCGGAGAAGCGCCUUGGAAAAUGAGUUCUACGAAGCGAACGAUUCGCCGGCCAUGUUGGAUCGAUUGCUUUCGGUAAAUGAGGACGGUCCACUGUCGGAUACAGAAAUCGUACAAAACAUCUACUCCAUCGUCGGUGCUGGUAAUGAUACGACGGCACAUUCGCUCGGUCACACGUGCCUAUUCCUUGCGAUGCAUCCUGCAGUACAGAGAAAGCUGUACCAGGAGCUGCGCGAUGUGUUCUACAGUGCCGAUGAGCCCAUUACCGAGGAAAAGCUGAAACAGCUAAGCUACAUGGAGUGUGUGAUCAAGGAAAGCUUACGGCUAGCUCCUCCGGGCGCAACGGUGGCACGCGAAGCCCAAGAAGACCUAACAGUCGAGGGACAGUUGAUUCCGCGCGGUACAACGGUAGUCGUGAGCUUAUUUGCACUGCAUCGUAGAAAGGAUUUCUGGGGUGCCGAUGCGGAGAGGUUCGAUCCCGAUCGAUUUCUGCCCGAACGGUGCAAGAAUAGAAUGGGCUGUGCCUUUAUGCCGUUCAACACAGGGAGUCGCAAUUGUAUUGGCUCACGGUACGCCAUGCAGAUUAUGAAGAUUAUUUUGUGCAAGAUCGUUCGGAGGUAUGAGCUUCACACCGAGUUAACUAUGGAGCAGAUGCAGUUUCGAUUCGAUAUAGCUCUAAAGCAGGAACAGGGAUAUUCAAUACGGUUCGAGCGUAGAGUUGAAAGUGAUUAAAGGAAUUACAAACAUGUUC